AUGGAGUUUGAGGAGGAGCAUCAGCAUGUGGGAGAGGUACCGAGUUUUGACUCUAACUCGACUCGGCCAGCUAAAAUGCUGAGCCCUGUUGAAACCGCGGUAACGCAGUUGAGGAAGCCUAGGUACAAAGACUGUUUGAAAAAUCACGCGGUGGGGAUCGGCGGCCACGCGGUGGAUGGAUGCGGCGAGUUUAUUGCAGCGGGAGAGGAGGGAAGUCUGGAUGCACUCAAAUGCGCCGCUUGCAAUUGCCACCGGAAUUUCCACCGCAGGGAAACUGAAGUAGGCGGCGCUUUUAUCUUUCACCACCACCAGAACCAGCAACAACAGCUACUUCUUACCCACCACCCACACGGGCAUUUCAGCUACAGAAGCCCAAGUGGGUACCUCCACGUUGCUCACCCGCAGCAGCAGAGACUCCCUCUUGCCUUGCCGUCGAGUUCAGGUGGCGGAGGAAGUGGGUCAAGAGAUGAGCUUGAGGACUACUAUUCCAACCCCAGCGCCAGUGCAGGAAAGAAAAGGUUCCGGACCAAGUUUACACAAGAACAGAAAGACAAGAUGCUGAAUUUCGCUGAACGUUUGGGUUGGAAGAUUGAAAAAGAAGAUGAGGAACUUGUGCAGCAAUUCUGCAAUGAAGUUGGAAUUAGAAGACAUGUGCUCAAAGUCUGGAUGCAUAACAAUAAGCACACUCUUCGUAAGAAAACCUAA